AUGAUGAAUAGGUUUUCACUAUUUAAACUGUCCAGAAACCUCCGCCCCGACAUCCUCGCGAAUAUCAGAUUAACGCGACAACCGAUUCGCUCCGCAGCCAAGUUAUACUCAACAAAAUCAGCCCCAGUUCAGGGAUACAGGAUGGUCAGCAACCCACCCCCAAAUGAGAUGGUCUACCUUCCGGGGAUUCUAUCCCCGAACCGCUCGUUUGGAGUGUUCCGCAAAGUCGUCCAUACCGGACUCUACUCGCAAUUCGUUGCAAUGGAAAUCCCUGUGAAUGGAGAAAUAGGCGAUGAGAAACACACCGUCGACCAGAUCCUGCUCUUCACACAUGGCACCGGCAAGGCGAUUGUGGCUGGCAAGGAGCAAAAGAUCAAGGAGGGGGAUGUAGUAAUUGUCCCCGCGGGAACGCAGCAUCAGUUUUUGAACGCAGGUGAUGUUCCGCUGGAGGUUGUGACUAUCUAUUCUCCUGCCGAGCAUGAUCCUAGGACGGUUCAUGGGACUAAAGCCGAGGGGGAUGCGCAGGAGGAAGCGGGAGAGGAUGAGGCACCGCAGUGGAGUCAGAGAAGCAAGACUGAGAAUGAAAAGUUGGGUAUAGUGAAGGUGGAUUAA